AUGGCGUCACGUACGAAUUCGUCGCAGCCUCUUCCGCGUAAAAAAGUGUCUGCGUCUCCGCUUGCCACCCCCGCCGCGAGACCACCUUCGCCUCCUCCUCCUCUUGAACCUAUCCCUAAACCUUCGGCGAAGAAGGCUAAAUCGAAAAAACAGUCACAGAAGGUGGUGAAGAAGCCCAGCGGGUGGUUCUCCGACCGCGUGCUCCUCCUCUUUCUUGGACUAUUUGUGGUGUACGCCCUGCGGGUGUGCCCUACUGAUUAUGGACUGCAGGACCCGGUAUGUUGGGGUCUGGCAAAAUACCGAGCGGGAGUGGUGGAUGUGUAUAUGGCGCCACCUGUUAAGCGGGUUCUGGAGCACCCGGUGGUGAAGGUGGUGGUGGAGAAGAGCGCGGUGGUGUUGAAGCCUGUGGGGAGGAGGGCAGCGCGGGGAGUGGAGGAGGCGGGUGCGUUUGUGGAGCCGAGGUAUCGGGCGUAUGUGAAGCCGUAUGUGGAUCCGAUAAGCAGGUACGCGGAGGCGGUGGAGGCGUACGCGGGUAGAGUCACGCCGUAUGUUCGCAGAGCCUACACGACGGUCUCGCCGUAUGUGAGGAAGGCGUACACGACGAUCUCGCCGUAUGUGCGGAGGGCGUACGAGGUUGGCCGGCCCCGGGUUGUGGCGGGGUAUAGGGUUUGUGUGCGGAGGUUGGGAGAGCUGAGGAGGGAGUUUGUGGAUCCCCAUGUGGUUUUGCUCUGGGUCAAGGUCGUCGAGCUUAGUCGAGGACGAGGAGAGACCGCUGUUCCGCCACCGAGUCAGGCGCCGACGCUGUUUGAGGUUCCGGUACCGACGUCAUCGAUAGCGCCGACACCGACGGAGGCGAUGCCAGACCCGAUACCGACUACUGAACAAUCAGACCCGGUGACGUCUUCUGAUCCAGAACCAGCGUCAACUGAAUCUGAACAAACCGAGGAAGUGGCAUCGACGGUAAUAGAACAAUACGUACCAACCGGGACUGCAGAGCAAACCGAGGAUCCAGUACCAACGAUAGCCGAAGAUCCUGCGCCAACCUCGACUGCAGAGCCCACCGAGGAGUCAGCAUCGACGACAGCCAAAGAACCCGUACCGACAUCGUCUGCAGAGCCUGCGAUAGAAGACCCACCAUCGACACCAAUUGUCGCCGACGAGUACGACGACUUUCUAGCAGACCUCGGCAUCGACUUUGAUGCCGCCUCCUCAUCCGCCUCUACCACCGCCACCUCCACAUCCUUCGUACCCCCCACAGAAUCCUCCCGCGACCCCUCAGCCAUCGCCUCCAAGCGCGCCAACAUAACCGCGCGCCACGCCUCCUGGGCUGCCCAGCUCGACGCCCUCGCAGUCGCCCGCGCCGCCACAGUACGCACCAACCUCUCCCGUAUCCGGAGUCGCGCUGCUGCAGUCCUCUUUGGCCAGGCCGUCGAAGAAGAGGAGACAGAUUUCGUUGAUGGCGUGCAUGUUAGUAAGCUCCUGGACGGGUUCGUCGACGAGGCGGAGAAACUCGUGGGUGGGCUCGAGGGGUGGUGGAAGAAGGAGCCGAAGGAUGAGGAUAGGCGGGAGAGGGGCGAGAAGGUCGUUGGGAGGGUCGAGGAGAAGCUCGAGGCUCUCGUUCGGGAGAUGGGCGAGAGAGUCGAGAAGUGGGCUACGCGUGUGAGGGAGGACGAGGUUAGGGAGUGUGUUGUUGCUAGUCGGGAAGUCAAGGCGCUCGCGGAAAAGGCUCAGUCGGACUUGGGCUUGGACUAUGCCUGGUUGGAGGAUGUCACGUAUGAGGAUUGGCAGCGGUAUCAUGACUUGAUGCGGGUCUACAACGAGUUUGAUACCCAGAUCCGCCAAAUACAGAAUAACACCCAUGUUAGACCUCUAGGUGAUACUGUCCUCAUUGCACUCGAGGCGAAGCAACAUGAUAUGCAGGAUGCCAUUACUGGGUUCGUGUCCCGUGUGGCGAGGGUUCGGGAGGAUAUGGAUAAGCUUAAGCCUAACCUUGAUGCGUUGUUGAUGGGAAAGUCCAAGGAGCAGGUCGAGCAGGCGUUUGAACAGGCGGAACAGGCAAAGGACGCCUCCCCCAAGUCUUCUUCCCCUUCCCCUUCCCCUUCGAAGAGAAACGUCGCAGGCAGGAAACACGGUAUGCCCGUAGCACCCCAGAUCCCAAAGGCCAAGAAAGAACAAGUCACGAUCCUACCUGUGGGUGAACCUCUGGUGGGUGAGAUGACAGAGGAAGAAGUUAGGCGUGUAAAGGGGGACAAGCGGGAUCCUGGAGAGUUGUAG